UGAAAGGUAAAAGGUCGUGUGAAACAUGGCUGCCCCCCUGGAUGACAUGUUUUCCUUUUGCGUGGACCCCGGUAAAGUUGCCGGCGGCGUGGAAGUCCGUUUUAUCGACAACGUCAAGGGGAAGGGCCUUUUCGCCAAAAAGAGCAUCAAAAAAGGGGAUUCCAUUUUCAUUGAGCGGCCUCUUGUCUCUGCCCAGUUCCUGUGGAAUGCUUUGUAUAAAUAUAAAGCUUGUGAGUACUGCUUACGUGCUCUGGAGACGGCAGAGGAGAAUGCGAGGAGACUCAGCGGGAUCCCUGGACUCAACCUUCCACACCCUGAGCUCUGCCGGGUUCGACCGGAGCUGCACCAAGCCUGCCCUCAGUGUCAGGUUAUGUAUUGCAGCAGCGAGUGUCGACAAGCUGCAGCAGACCAGUACCAUAAGGUUUUAUGUUUGGGUCCCUCUCAUGAAGAUCCAGACCACCCUAUCAACAAACUUAAAGAUGCAUGGAGGACUAUGCAUUACCCUCCAGAGACCUCCAGCAUUAUGCUCAUGGCUAGAAUGGUAGCUGCUGUCAAACAGGCUAAAGACAAAGCACACUGGCAGAAGCUGUUUUCUCACUUCUGCAGUCGGACAGCUAAUGAGGAAGAGGAGAUCGCCCAUAAGCUCCUGGGAGAGCAAUUCAGAGGGCAGUUGGCCUUGCUACACAGCCUUUUCUCAGAAGCACUUUAUGAUGAUCAUCUCAGUCGGUGGUUUGUUCCUGAGGGUUUCCGUUCUCUGUUUGCUCUUGUGGGAACUAACGGACAAGGCAUUGGCACCAGCUCCUUGAGUCAGUGGGUUCAUGCUUGCGAUGCACUUGAGCUUCCUGCCCAGCAGAGGGAGCAGUUGGACUCCUUUAUUGACCAGCUGUACAAGGACAUUGAGAAAGAAACUGGAGACUUUCUAAAUUGUGAGGGCUCUGGACUGUUUAUGCUUCAAAGUUCAUGUAAUCACAGCUGCAUACCCAACGCAGAGGCAUCCUUCCCUGACAACAACUUCCUGCUUCACCUCAGUGCCCUUAGUGACAUCAGCCCAGGAGAGGAGAUCUGCAUCAGUUAUCUGGACUGCUGUCAGCGGGACCGAAGCCGUCAUAGCAGACACAAAAUUCUGAGGGAGAACUACCUGUUUGUCUGCUCGUGUCCAAAGUGUGUCUCCCAGAUGGAUGAGCUGGAUAUGACAUCAGAAGAGGAAGAUGAAGAAGAAGGCGAGGCAGAAGGUGAAACAGAGGGGGAUGAGAUGGAAGAUGAGAUGACAGAUGUCUGAUGAAAGACUUGUCCAUUUUGUUCUCAGCCAUUCCCAUGCCUGCCUCCACACAAAAACACCAUGAAGCCCACAAGAAUAGAGAUCAGUCCAAGUAAUCAUCUGCGUUAUCACCGGCACAUUAGUCCUUUGGAAACAGGUCUUAGGAUGUAAACAUUUCACCCAUGUUUGGCCAAAGAAAAUGUUUAAUGUCUCUGUGUUCGACCCAGUUCCUGUAAUUCAGUACACUGUAUUUCACAUGCAACAUUGAUCGUGACUGUUUAAAGUGCUGACUAAGACUGAAAGAUGCUAAUAUUCUAUUGAUGUCAAUACAUUCCACAGAAACACCAAAAACCCAAUUAACUAGAAGGGUUGUCAGAGUGCAUACCUCAUUAAGUGGGAUUCACUCAUUUAUAUGGACUAGUAACAAAAUGUAAUGGUUUCCUUUAUGGUGCAUGGCCUAUCUUUUCACCAAGUUACAUGAUGGUUAGGGUCAUUUUUGCAUUAUCCUGUUGACAGGCAAGCCAAAAGAGCAGGUGAAAACAGAACAUAAUUGGUACAUGUAAUAAUUAAUCCUACUAAUAAGUGCUUGAUGUAUAGCCAAGGAAUGAUUGAGCUUAUUAAUAUGUGCUGUAAAUGGUGGAAUUAUGAGCUUGACUGUGAGACAGGUUGACAUGCUUCUACAUUACAAUGAACACAGUGUAAUUUAACUACCAAUCAACUGCCAUCUGUUUUAGGAAGUUAUUGGACCAGUUCUAAAUGGAAAUGCACAGAUGGGUGACAAAUGAAAAGAAAACCUUGAUGGGAAUGGUCUCUUCCAGGAUGUCAAUACUUCUGUUCGGAGUGUACAAGGGAGCACUUAAAGGUUUAAUGAGUAUGAAAAUGAUGUAGGUCAUUCAUAUUCGUUUUGGAUUUUACAUUCACCCAUAGAAGAUCUUGGACCAGUGUGUUAGAUAGCGCUCUCCACUAACACCUUCAUCAAAACACCAAAUGACCGAGUAUCUUUUUGAAGAAUGGUGUUCAGACUUGUUGAAUCAAUAACAACUCCUCUGGCAGUUUAAGAAACUUACUGUUGGUUUAUGCUUUAAUUUGUCACCUUUCUGUAUAUUUGUGACAUGUUUUUAAAGAAUGAGGUCUGCAGUUGGACAAGAUGAGCUCAGAACUGAACACCUUAGAGAGAGCAGAUGUGUUAAAAGUAUUGCGCUAAUCACUGACAUAUUGUUGGUUUUGGUUUUGAUGGGAUUUGCUAAUGAUAAUAAAAGUCCAGUUUUAUUGCCAGCCUUAUUUUUCUAGGGCAUUUAUGGGUAUUUGCAUGUAUAUUGGAUGUAUAAAACAAAAAAAACAAAAAAAAAAGGAAUCAUAGACCAUUUUACUUUUGGGGAGCUCUAUAUAUCAAGCAUUAAACUUUCUUCAUGGAUCAUUGGAUAGGGAUGUAAACAACCCUCUGGUUAAACUGAAAGUCAGCACUUUAAAGUAUCUUGAAAUACAGUGUGCAGAAGUACAGAUGUAAAACAGACAUAAUAUUUCCUACUAACAGUAUCUGUGACUCCCAGGUCAAAGAAAUGCUUAUCAUCUUUCACCCCUGAAGAAACAAGACAAGGUGAUUAAGCAAAAGGUAAUUGGUUCUCAGGUUUUUACGCUCUAACAUGACUAUGCAUACUGUAUCGCAGAGGCUUUUUAUUUAUAUUCUGUUGUAAUUACAGUCCUGUCAUAUAGGAGGCAUCCCACCGGUGAAGUAUUGGUCGGUUUUCAUGCUUUGAUCUAUGGGGUUACGUUAAACCUUACUUAAUGUAUUAUGGAGACCUUGAGUAGAAAAUUGCUUUGUCAGUAACUGUUUGCCCUUUGUUGAGAACUGUAUCAACCGUGGUUCCACAUGAAUGAAACUGCUGCCGCUGCCCACACAUGAAUCAAUAUUACCACAAUGACUGUAAUCGCAAAUCCCAAUAUUUUCACUUACUUGACAAAGAUUGGAAAUAUAGAAUGAGUAAUCUCAAUUUUCUCAGUAGGCUUUUGCAAUGAUGCGGCACCGGAGAACAUGGCUUUGUAAGGCACACAAGUGUAAUUUGAAUAUUAUAACGGCAUCAAACAGGAUCCAAGUGGUUGUUGUUUUUACUACUCUGGCAUAAACCAUUGAAAUUGGA